ACCGACCGCUAGUUCUGCGAUAUCUACACCCAAACCACAAGAGGGCAAUAGCGAUGCACCACCUUCUAAAAUAAUCACUACCUUCGCGACGCUUACACCUAAACCACACGAAAACCAUAGCAAUAACCCUAUCGCAUCACCGACCACUACUUCACAAUUGAUUACUCAAGCAUCUUCAAUUUUGGAUGAGACUAGUUCACAACAAAAAGCUACAUCUGCCGGAAACACUCAAAGUCAUUCGAAUUCAGAAUCCAUAACAACUGCAACUAAGGUAGAUAAUAAUACUAAACAGUCAAAUAACAUUCCGACCUCCACAACUGUCACGGGUUCUUCUUUCGAUGAUUCAAAUUCACAGAAUAGUAAUCAACAGGAUACUUUACCAACCACGACGCCGACGAAUUCAAUUUCUCAAAGUCCUACGGUUAAUGGAACUAAUAAUAUUCACAACCCUGAGUCGAG